CUUGGAGGUGACAUCGCUGUCCUUGUCACAGGUGCGAAUUCAUCCAAAGUAGCUGAACAAGUGGCAAAAGUUUCAGGAGUAAAGAAAGUGCUUGUCGCUCAGGAUGAAAAGCUUAAGAAUAAUUUGCCUGGUAGGUUGAAUACUCGAUUCUAUUGA